UUAAUCGCCUCUUACGACAUGCCUGGCUGGAUGGCAGGGAUCCUAUUCUUACUGUAGCCGGAACUAAUCAUCGCUAAAGGCCAGCAGCUUACUUUAGCGCCAAUCAGUCCAUUCCUCUGUGGCGUUCCAGGAAAGAGGACGGAAGUUCCCAAGGAGCAUUUUCUACUAAAAGUUCUAGCUCUCGUUAGUCGGGUGCGUUGUCUUAUCUUUACCUCGCGUUGUGUUCUUUAUUUUUUUAUUCCUAUCCACCACGCACCCGCAUUCAGCGGACCUUGAAGUCCACAAAAGACCUGCUUUACUUGCUCAGACUAAAGUGUCUCUUCUAUCGGUGCAUCAGUUCCACGGAUCUUCACGUGUCUUCUCUCUGCUGCUGUGUCACCACUACAUGACAACACAAAUCUCUCUCUCUCUAGUGAUACUCGUUCACCUCAUUCACGCGACGAGGACACAGGUGACAUGUCAUAACAAAAACAAAAAAAACAAAAAGAGAGAGUUCCUGUCAUCGUGUGCUUUGCUGAGCACAUAAACUACAUUAAAAAUGUCAUCAGCUUCACAGAGUGAUGUUAUAACAGUAAAUGAAGAGGAAACGGAGAGUGGCAAGCAGGAUGAGGAUGGUGUAUUUAACCGUGCUUCACUAAUGAGACAAGACAGUGUUGACACGGAGAAACCUCAGCUUCGGUUCAUGUAUAAAACAGAUGCACUCAGUGAAAGUGACAAAGACUGGUUUAUGAACAAGAUUAAAAGAUUGGAACAAAAUUCAGGAGCUGAUGAACCUGAUACUCCUGUCACUUUGGACAUGAUAAGAGGUGAAAAUAAAACAGGAGCCAAAGAACGAAAGAGGAACAGUAAAAGUAUUGUAAAGAUCAGAAAAUUUAUCAACGAUAAAGUUGCUGAAAAUUUCAAACUACUGUCCAAGCUUGUUGAUGAACAAGGAGAACAUUUCAAGCUUCUGUCUGUUGACAAAAACAUUAUGCUUAAAAGUUUUCAUGUGAUGGAGAAAGAAGCACAGGGUCUAAGGGAUAAACUAGCAAAGUGUAUUGAAGAUAAAGCAGCUGCAGAUCAGGAAGCUAGCCAAAAGGUAGAGUCACUAAAAAGUGAGGUGGAGAACCUGACAAGACAACUAAAGUCUACACAACAAGAAGCAGAGGAAGCCAAAAUGCAGGCAAAAGUUUUGGCAGCAGAAAAAACAAUGGCAGAAGAGCAGCGGGUGACAGCUGAGAGAAACAUGGCAGAAAGAAGUGAGAGAGCUCUUCAGAAAUAUCUGCUAGAAGCCAAGGAAGAGAUGAUACGAUGCCACCAGCAAAUCUUAGAGGUUGUGCAGAAGUCUACCAACAAUAGUUUUAGUCCUCAGUAUGAGCAACAGUAGUAGCAGCAGCUGCUAAACUACAUAGUAACAGCAUUGGAGCUUUCAAGAACAGGAGUGGGGCCUUUAACAUUGGUAACAGUACUGGAACCUUAAGCAUCCUUAACAGCAGCUAUUAGAAGUAACACUGUAGAGUGCUUGGAUGACUUUUAUCUAACCUGGAAAGUAUGCUUCAUUCUCAUUCUCUCCCCCCCACCAACAAAUCUGGAGCAGCAGUAUCAGCAUUGGUGUCUUCAGGAGCAGUAAUACAGGUCUGGUUUGCAUGUGAAGUCUUGAAAAUAAGUUUUAAAUUGCCUGUCUCAAGUUCAUGUCAACUUCACUAAGUUUGGUCUCAAUACAUGACUUGCUACUUGAGACUGGUGACUUAUUUUCAGGAACUCCUCAAAUUCACACCAGCCAACAGUAAUUUUGGGAAGAAAGUCCAACUUAAUACAUCACAUACCACGCAGCCAGCUUUAGACAGUUAGAGGCUGCUCGGUCCAUCUUGACUGUAGAGUGUUUGGAUGAUUUUUAUCGAACCUGGAAAGUAUGCUUCAUUCUCAUUCUCUCCUUCCACCCAAUUGCAAUCACUUCCAGCUAAUGUGCUUUUGGAGCUCAAAGUGAAAGAAUCAUAAAAUGGUUGCAUUAUUUCUGUGUCUCAAAAAGGAUUUUAAUCUCUUUGGUUAUGGGUUACUAUUACAAAGAAAUGAACUAAUCAUUUAAAUCAAUAUUUUUAUGGAAUUUUCUUUAAGUCGUCAGAACAGCAAAUCAUUUUGUUUUAACAAUGUAUACUAUUUUGCAUUCAAAUUACUGAUAUAUCACUAAUCAGUACAAUAAUACCUUACUAAUCACUGUCAGACCAAUUGUAGAUGAUUAUUGCUCAGGUCAAUGUGGUGAUUUGAUUUCAGAUCGGCAGUAUCUUUAUUAGCACACAUGGUGUAAUAUUCAUCAGGUUUAUUGUCAUCGACGGAAAAGAGCCGUCUUGCUCAACUUUUCAGUAUUACUGCAAUCUUCAGAUCAGCAACACUUUAAUAAUAAUUUGAUUUUCAUGUCUGUAAUAUCUUGAACAUUUAGUUUAAUAAUAUCUUCAGGCAGCUAGUAUUGGUCAUAGAUCACAAAUAUCAUUGCCAUCAUGGUCAGCAUGGUUGGUUUAUCAACGGUCGAGGUCAGUGUCCAGCACUUGGCUCUCCAUGGGAGAGGUUCUAAAAGAUGCUGAUGAAGGUGGCUGAUAUCAGAUCCUCUGCUGAGGCAGUGUAGUCCAUAGGAAUGGGAAUCCCAUGGGAAACGUCCCAUGGGAUGGGAUGGGAUGGGACAGCACACAUUUGUAUUUCCCAUGGUAGUCGAUACUUGAUAUUGUAAAAUAAAUUUACUCUGAA